AAAUCUCUCAUAACUUCUAGAACAAAGGAAUCCAAAUAAUCGCGACCUAUUUAAGAGUCUGAACUACGUUAAUCGACUCUUUAAAACGAAAACAAAAACGACAAAUUCAACUUCACUGCGUUCAUUGAGACUCAACGCCUCUAUUCGUGCAUAUCAAAACGAACAAUACAACAUAACUACGUUCACUGAGACUUAUUCUUCUGUUCAUGCAAAUUUUUAUCGAGCGAACGUGAAAAACAAAGCAUCAAAAAGCAGAGUGGGGAAGGGUGCGCAUUACCCCUUCCGAAGGGUUCAACUCCGCGCCUGAUAUCAACAUCAACCAUCAUGAUCAUAUCUUUACGUCAAAUCAUCAAAUCAUUUCAGAAGCUAAGUUGCCAUUUAUCCUCAAUCACAAAUAAUGAGAGCUCAGAAAGAACGGCAGAUAAUUGAAAGUACUAAAGACAGUCAGUUUUUACAAGUUUGUUCUCGCAAAUGAUAAAUCCAAAUUCGUAUAUUAACCAUACUGGCUUGAAACUAAACAAACAAGCAAAUUAUACGUGACAGCUCCAGUUACCACAUUACAUGUAUAAUGUUUUCUCGAAGCAGUGCGACUAAGUUUGUUUUCUAUUGAUUAGCAAUUGAACUUUGGAGCCCUGUUGGCAACUCUAGCCUUUAUUUAUCUCAGAACAUCGUACCAUUUGAAUCGAGAAGUGUGAACCCUUUUCUUUGGUUAAAAAUAGACAAACUUGUUUAUUGGACUCAGGGUCUGCCGUAGCGGAAUUAAUUCAUCGUCAGCCAAGACAAAUGAUGCUAGCAAAUAUGGAAUCAAAAUACUAAAAACUAUCAUAUCCAGCAAAAAUCUAUAAACUAAAACCUUGAUACUUGUUACGAAUUACAAAUUCCUAUCUCUUAAACGGAUCGCUUAAGAAAUGGGCAUCAUGAAAGCCAACGGGUUUUCUGUGAUGCUGAAUCGCGUGGAGCCAGAUGUGCGAAAGAAGGACCAGUCUCUGAUGUACUAUCUGAGAAGUCUGUUCCAGUGGCAUGAUGAAACACUCAACUGUUGGACUAACAUUGCAGCCAUGCUCAUAUUAGGUGAUAUGAUAUUGGGAUGCGUGUCGAAUGGCAAAUUAGACAUUUCCUCUCGUUCUUCUUCUAUGGACAAUGAGUACAACGAGUGGCCAUUGUACAUUGGGUGUCUCUCAUUCACUACCAACCUCAGCUCCUUCGUGGCGCACUUGUUCAUGAGCAAAAACUACAUCACAGAGUGUGCAGUGUUCGCAUUCGACCUCUUCGGUGCAGUCAUUAUGGGUACUGUAGUUGCCAUGAGUUACGUGGGCUAUGCCUUCUCACUGGUUCAGAAUCAGCAAAACUUCAUUUCUCAACACUUGCCAUGGGUCGUCUUCUCGAUAAGGGUUCUCGGCUGUGUACUUUAUGCCACUAGUUCUUCAGUCUACGUCAUCCGGUGUCGCAGGGAGUAUCGACUGUGCAGUGAGGACUUGUCCAAGGCACAACACGUGGACGUGGUCGAGUGUAUAGCCCACUGCUUUCCCAUCUGUGCUUUGAUUGUCAUUCCCUCUGCCAUUUACACUGGACAAUUCUACCCUGUUGUACUCUGUGCUUUUCUACUCAUAACGACUCGACUGUUACUGGGGGCUAGCAACAGAUGGUCCAGACACAGAUGGCUACUACACAGCAUCAGCCACUUAACAGGCGCCCUUUUAGUGGCCUCGGAGCUACUAUCUCUUGCUAGACACACACAACAACAGCACAGAGCUAAACUCAUGAAUAGAGCAAUCAUGCCGUACUACUUACUCGCGGACUUAUUAAGUAUUAUCAUGCUCAUUGUCUUCACAUCGACCCUCUACUUCACUGUGAACAAAACGAGCCACCAAAUGAACAAAACAACCAACCAGAAGACUCACUUGCAAUGACAAACAUUCACUACAUAUAUACUAUGCUCAUUUUAUUCGCACAAAAUUAAUUUUGUUCCCAAUUCAAAA